AUGAAUUCCAUAACCACUUUUAUGUUGGCCAUUUGGCUGAUCACCCUCACCUUUUCCAUUAGUGUCCAGGGCCAGGGGGCCGAUGCCGGGCUCGGGAUCAAUAUAGGGGUCGGUGGCGGAGCCGGUGCAGGUGCAAGUGGCGGAGGCGGUGGCGAUGGCUGCGCGCCUGGGAUCAAUGUCGGGUUCAACGGCGGAUCAGGGGAUUUGCCCGGUGCAGGUUUUGGAUUCGGGUUCGGGGCCAAUGCUGGGGCGGGGCUGGUGCCGGUGGAAAUGGUUGGUCUGGGGGAAGGUAAACCUACAUCUUCUGCAAUGAUUUUUUCAUUCAUGCUCCGUCUUAGCUCACAAAUUGUUGCAGACAUGCAAACUGGCCUUAAAAAUGUAGAAGGAAAAUAUAGGUCUCCAAUCUAUGAAAUGGAAGCGCGGCAGAUUGAAGUGUUUUGA